AUGGCGACGCACUGUACUCUCCGCUCCUUCCACCGCGACUCGUCCUUAAGCGAGUUCUUCCCGUCAAACAGCAAAGGCGUCCUUACGCGCCGCAUGGAUGCGAACGGCAAUGCCGCCCCCGAGCGCCGCAUUCGGCCUGGAGCAUGUGUCGCCCUUCGUACUUUCGAUCAACACGCCAUAUUUGUGGAGAAGGGCCGCGAGGUAGUAGAUGGUAGGGUGACCGAUCGCAUGCUGGCGUUGGUUGUCCAGCUUUGGACGGCCCAACAGCUUCGGGCGUAUGUCGGCUUGAACAAGGUCAUCAACGUGGAUUAUGUCAACGCGCGGCUUAAGGAUGUCUCUAACAAGAAGACAUGGAUUGCUGUCAACCACACCGAGUACGUGGAUUCAGAUAUGGUCAAAGCUGGUAUUACCGAUGAUGAGUUCAACGCUAGGAUGGAACUUGACGAGGAGUUCAUCCUCUUCACCGGCGACGGCCCCGAGCCGGAUCUAGCAGACAGAGAGCGACCGCACACGUAUAUUUUUGUAGAACGCAGGUCCCGUUAG